CCCCGCGGCAGGUUCCGGAGGUCGUGGGAUUGAAGAUUUAAAUCCCAAGGUCAUGGCAAGACAUCUGAAGUUCAUUGCCAGGACUGUGAUGGUACAGGAAGGAAACGUGGAAGGGGCAUACAGGACUCUAAACAGAAUCCUCACCAUGGAUGGGCUCAUUGAGGACAUUAAGCGACGGCGGUACUAUGAAAAGCCUUGUCGCCGACGACAGAGGGAAAGCUAUGAAACCUGCCGGCGGAUCUACAACAUGGAAAUGGCUCGCAAGAUCAACUUCUUGAUGCGAAAGAAUAGGGCGGACCCAUGGCAUGGCUGCUGAGGCCUGUGGGUAGUAGGCCCAGUAUGAAGCUCCCUAUCCAGCUGUCCCCUUCCUAUCUCAAAGCCCAUUUGUUCUUACCUUUUUUUUAUAAUAAUAAUCUCAAUCACAUAUACGCAAGAA